GAAGAGCACAGAGAAAAUGGGGUGUGGGCAUAGAGAGAAUGGGAUGGAGGUCCUGGAAGGGCGCAGAGGGAAUGGGGCAUUGGGGGGGUUGUCCCAGAAAGGCAUAGAGGGAAUAAGAGGGAGGGUCCUGGAAGGGCAGAGAGAGGAUGGGAGAGGGGUGGUCCUGGAAGUGUCAUACAGAGAAUGGGAGGGGAUCCUGGAAGGGUCAUAAGGAGAAUGGAGGGGAGGGGUCCUGGAAGGGCACAGAGAAAAUGGAAGGGGGGAUCCUGAAAGGGUCAUGGAGGGAAUAGGAGGAGCAGUUCUGGAUGGGUCAUAGGGAAAAUAGGAGGGUGGAUCCUGGAAGGUUCAUAGAGAGAAUGGAGUAUGGGGGGGAGGGGUCUGGAAUAGCAUAGAUAAAAUCAGAUGGAGGGGGUUGGGGAGGUCCUGAAAGAUCACAGAAUCGUGGAAUGAUUGGGUUGGGAAGGUCUUGAAACGUCAUGGGAGCAUAGAAUGGGUUGGGAGGGUCCUGGAAGGUUAUAAAGACGUGGAAUGAUAGGAUGCAUUGGGGUGAAAAGGUCCUUAAAGAUCACAAAACCAUGAGGUGCUUGGAAGGGUCCUUACAGAUCAUAGAGCCGUGGGAUGGUUGGGAUGGAAAGGUCCUUACAGAUCACAGAGCCAUGGGAUGAUUGGGAUGGAAGGGUCCUUACAGAUCACAGAGGCAUGGGAUGGUUGGGAUGGAAGGUCCUUACAGAUCACAGAGCCGUGGGAUGGUUGGGAUGGAAAGGUCCUUACAGAUCACAGAGCCAUGGAAGGGGGUUGGGAUGGAAGGGUCCUUACAGAUCAGAGCCAUAGGAUGGUUGGGAUGGAAGGGUCCUUACAGAUCAGAGCCAUAGGAUGGUUGGGAUGGAAGGUCCUUACAGAUCACAGAGCCAUGGGAUGGCUGGGUUGGAAGGGUCCUUACAGAUCACAGAGCCAUGGGAUGGUUGGGAUGGAAGGGUCCUUACAGAUCACAGAUCUGUGGGAUGGUUGGGAUGGAAGGGUCCUUACAGAUCACAGAGCCAUGGGAUGGUUGGGAUGGAAGGUCCUUACAGAUCACGGAGCCGUGGUAUGGUUGGGAUGGAAAGGUCCUUACAGAUCACAGAGAUAUGGAUGGUUGGGUUGGAAGGGUCCUUACAGAUCACAGAGGCAUGGGAUGGUUGGGAUGGAAGGGUCCUUACAGAUCACAGAGCCGUGGGAUGGUUGGGAUGGAAGGGUCCUUACAGAUCACAGAGCCAUGGGAUGGUUGGGAUGGAAGGGUCCUUACAGAUCACAGAGCCAUGGGAUGGUUGGGAUGGAAGGGUCCUUACAGAUCACAGAGCCUUCGGAUGGUUGGGAUGGAAAGGUCCUUACAGAUCACAGAGCUGUGGGAUGGUUGGGAUGGAAAGGUCCUUACAGAUCACAGAGCUGUGGGAUGGUUGGGAUGGAAGGGUCCUUACAGAUCACAGAGGCAUGGGAUGGUUGGGAUGGAAGGUCCUUAAAGAUCACAGAGGCCUGGGAUUGUUGGGUUGGAAGGUCCUUAAAGAUCACAGAGGCCUGGGAUUGUUGGGUGGAAGGUCCUUAAAGAUCACAGAGGCCUGGGAUUGUUGGGUUGGAAGGUCCUUACAGAUCAGAGCCAUGGGAUGGUUGGGAUGGAAGGUCCUUACAGAUCACAGAGCCUUGGGAUGGUUGGG